AUGAAUACUAGUGGUUCAUCAGUUUCCGCACAUAACUGGUUUCAAAGUAUUCCACCUAUCACAAGGAUUAUACUAAGUUCGAUUGUCACGUUGAUGGCGUUAUGGAAAUUUUCUAUUAUUGAUUUGAGUAGAUUUGUGUUUUCAUGGCAUCUUUCUGUGAAACGUUUUCAAUUUUGGAGAAUAUUUACUUCAUCGAUUAUUAUCAUUCCAGGAGGUGCUGCUCAAGCUUUGGCAACGAUCUUGGACUUCUACAAUCUGUAUUCAAGAUCUCUACAUCUAGAGACCGUCCAUUUCAGGAACAAUAAAGCUAAUUAUGCGUACUAUAUCAUGUGCUGUAUGGUUAUAGUCUCCCUUUUGACUUCUGCGUAUUUCCAAAUCUCCGAAAGAGAAUUUAUUUUGAAAAGUGCAUUUUCGUCAUGUAUUGGUUAUACUUGGGCUAUGGAUCAUAAAGAUUCUCAAAUUCUAUAUUUCGGUUUCAUCCCAAUUAAGGGUAAAUACUAUCCAGUUCUAGAAAUCAUCAUGUCAUUCGUAUUCAACGGUGGCGACGACUCUUUCCAACUGUGUGUCAUCGGUGUGCUAACAGGAUAUAUCUACGAAUGUCUAGAUACCAAGAGUUUUGGUAGAAUACUUUGGUGGUUAACAAACAAGAACCCAAAUUACUACCCAUUUGGGUACUUCAAGCCACCUGUGUGGUUUGUCACUUUAAUUUCUAUCAUAGACGGCACAAGAAUCACAAAGUUUGGUGGAAGAGGUGAAAGACUGGGCAAUUCUAACAGAAAUGCAAAGACUUCUACAAUAAGAAGUAGUAAAAGCAAUGAAAAAUCAACAGCUGAGAAGAAAGAAUCUGCUGCAAGUAGAUUUGCCACUUUCACCACAGAAAGGAAGAAUUUCCCAGGUAAAGGCCAGAAACUGGGAAAAUAG